UAUAAAGCAUCAGCCUCCUCCGACGACUCGUGCCUGACUCCCUGCCAACCUGUGUGAAGCUAGGAAGCGGAAUAGUGAGAGGGAGGGAAGAGGGGAAGGGAGAGAAUGGAUUUUUGGAAGCAAGUAAACAGAGCAGCCUGGAAAUCGACCUUUCCGUCACCAGUUUUGGCAUCCAGGGGUAGAACCUCACCCGUGUCUCCGCGUGUGGGGGCAGCAGCACUUGGACUUCCGUUUUACGGACAAGCAUGCAGUCAGUGGGAAUCCCACUGUGGAGCCUUUUCCAGAAGGCAUGGAGACCAUCAUGUUUGGUAUGGGCUGUUUCUGGGGCGCAGAGAAACUUUUCUGGCGACUUCCAGGGAUCUUCUCCACACAAGUGGGCUACGCCGGCGGUUUCACACCCAACCCCGACUACCACGAGGUUUGCUCAGGUCUAACGGUUCACACUGAGGUGGUGAGGGUGGUCUUCUCCCCUGAAGACAUCAGCCUUGAAGAGCUGCUUAAACGCUUUUGGGAGAACCACAAUCCUACACAAGGUAUGAGGCAGCAGGGGGACCACGGUUCUCAGUAUCGUUCAGCUAUUUACACAUCCAGCCCCACUCAACUGGAGCUGGCAUUGAAGAGCAAAGUGGCCUUCCAGCAGGAGUUGGAUAAAAAAGGCUUCGGCCCCAUCACAACAGAGGUCCGGGAGGGGCAGCAGUUCUACUACGCUGAGGACUAUCACCAGCAGUACCUGAAGAAAGUACCUAAAGGCUUCUGCGGCCUCAAAGGCACCGGAGUCUCGUGUCCCAUCGGAGCCACAGAGGAUGAAGUGUGAGAAUACAUUAAGAGAAGGGAUCAGGUGAUGGAUAAGUAUUUUUGUAUGGAUACUAAUGUUGUCAUUUACUGUUAUUAUAUGUAUGAAUAUUCCUAAUGUAUGUGUAAGUAUUUUUAACUUAAGAUCAUUUUAGUCAAAUAAAAUCAUUACUAGUAACUGAGUCCUCAAUAAGUGUUUACUUAUUGUCAGUCUUGGAGAACACAGUGUACAGUAAGGUAGUUGUCUUUGUGUAGCAAUGUUCAGAUUCAAACUGAUUGAUGUACAAUAUACAAAUAAGAAAUGAAAAUAAAAGAAGAUAAAUAAUAGAAUUAA